UUUUCGAAUUCUUAAAAUAUGCCAAACGACAGAACGCCAAAAUCAACCAAAAAUGACGCCAAAAAUCCACGACAAACGUUAUCGCGCAACCCUCUUAUUAAAAUUUCUUUAACAUUUUUAAUUAAAAACAAUUAGAUUUCCAUUAUUUUUAGUUGUGUUUGUAUGUCAUCAGCGUCAGAAUAUUCCUCAGAUUUAUCAUCUUCACUUAUUUCUGGCUACACAAAUUAUUGCUCUUCCUGUAAUCAAAACAGUAAUAUUCUUACUUCUUCGUCUUCAUCUACUACUAAUUCUCGUAAAAGUAGUAGGGAAACUCUUUCACCAACAUAUUUGCUUUCUACAAGUUCCUCUGGUUCAUCGGAAAGUCUUAGAGCGCCUGCUGAAGUUUUUAAAUUGUGAUUAUUUU